AUACCUGGACGAGCAAAAUCAGACACCAAAAAAUGGCAGAUUGCUCGAGAAGCCCAUGAUGGUAUCAUGGCUCGUGCUAUUGCAGCAUAUCAGAUUAAGCUAGCCAAAGGGCCUUAUCAGCAACGACGAGGUGCUCGAACUAUUUGCUCUGACUUUCAACAACUUUAUUACAAUGAGACAGGCAAGAGUGUCAAGCUUAGCCAUAGCACACUCAUCAGA